AUGGCCGCAGCAGUUAUGCCCAUGUGGACCGGCUUCCCGGCUGGCAUUGGGAUGGCACCAAAGCCUGAUCUAUGGAUGCCCCCUCCGCCGCCUCCGAGGAAAGUUCUUAAAUGCAAAGCGACCAGUCAUGAUUUCGAAAGAAAACUGUCUCCUCGCUUCAUCGUCUCGGACAAGAUUCUCGGUAAUGCCGCAGAAGAAGAGUACGAUGGUGACUCCAUACUGCUUAAUAUGCCGUAUGAGAUUCUCCUCACCAUCUACGACAGUGUCGACCAUGCUCCUUCGCAGAUUGCCCUAGCCCUGACUUGCAAGCGAAUGGCUGUUGUGGCCCGGGAUGUCCAUCUGUCGUUGUCGACAGUCUCACCAAAAUAUGCAGGUUUCCUGCCGAGACGGGUAUUCGAUGUUCCAGAUCUGAUGGCCCAACUGAAACCAUGGAUGCCGUCCAAUCUCCGCCUUUGCAACCACUGCCUGACCAACAGACCUCUGCGGGAGGACUACUGGAGCACGGUGGCUGGUUGUGAAAUCAGCAACUUCUGGAUCCAGAAGACAGGCUGGAAUUUCCAUGACGGCAACUGGCACAAGCGGGUCCACGAUAUCUGCCCCGCGUGCCAUAUCUGGUGCUGUUUGAGUGACUACAACGAUUGCGAUGGCUGUCGAGCUCUGGGGAGACUGGGCGAUAUUGAUUGGUCCCGUGUCGAGGAGUGCCGACGGCGGAGAAUCGAACAUGAUAUCCAACUUGGCAGAUUCGCGACUUGA